CGGGGGGUUUUCAAAAACGGUUUGAGCGCAUAUCUAAGUCCACUAAGUUCAGCAGAUAAGACCAUAAAUACGAAAUCAGUAUAACUUCUGUAACUUUUCUUGCCCAGAACAAUUAUAGUUUCUCCACUUCAAUAUGAAUUUGGCAAUCUUGAGUGUGGUGUUCGUACUUUUUUCGGUGUCCUUAGCCGAGCUGCCAAAGAGUUCUUCGGAAACUCCAGACGCCAAAAUUUGGGAGGCCUGGAAGGCCAAAUAUGGAAAAACUUACGCUUCGGUGGAAGAGGAAUCCUAUCGUUUUGAAGUGUGGCUCAAAAAACUCACUAAGAUAAGCAAGCACAAUAUUGGACAUGAUAUGGGAAUCUUUUCGAAAAAGAAGUCUUUGAACAAGUUUGCCGACCUCCCCUUUGACGAGUUCAAGGCUAAAUAUCUUGGUCUUAAAUCAAACGGCUACCCUAGACCUGCUAGACGUGAGAGAAUUGAACCUCUUGGUGACCUUCCUGAAUCGUUGAACUUGACAGCAAUGGGAUAUGUGACUUCUGUGAAAGACCAAGGGGUAUGCGGAAGCUGUUGGUCCUUUGCUACCACCGGGUUGAUCGAAGGACUACUAUUUAGACAAAGCAAUGGAGAUAGACUUCCGUCUCUGAGCCAACAGUACCUUCUGUCAUGUGACACGGAAACUCUCAAUAAGGGAUGCGACGGAGGCUGGCCAGCUUUGGGAACCGCUUUCCUCGCGCAAAAUGGUGCUGUUCUUGAGGCAGACUACCCGUACGUUUCUGGGGAUGAUGGCUAUGUUCCAGAAUGCGAGUAUCAUAACUAUACUACAAAAUUGCCGGUCAAUAUCAAUGGUUUUGGCUUUGUCUGGAUGGACGAGGAGGAUUUGAAGCUCGCUCUUGUGAAAUACGGACCACUUAGCAUCGGAAUCGAGGCAACCGAUGAAUUUCAGGAUUACGGGGAAACGGAGGGAGUGUUCUAUGACAGUACCUGCAAAAAAGUAGGCGCCAACCACGCGAUGCUUGUGGUCGGCUACGGAAGCCUCGACGGCGAGGAUUAUUGGUUGGUGAAAAAUAGCUAUGGCCAGGACUGGGGAAUGGACGGCUACAUUUUGAUGGCACGAAACUAUAGCAAUAUGUGCGGAAUUGCAACUGCUGCUCUUUAUGUGUACUGAUUUCGAUCGAAGAAGAACCCGAAUAAACAUCUCGAAAACUUGAAACUCAACAAAAAUGCAUAUUCAAUGUCCAUCAAUCAAAACAUUUCCCCAGGUUUUAAAGCUUGAUUUUCAUAUACAAAAAAUUAAUAUUUCCCAAAAUCA